GAAGGAUGACUAUUGAGACGGCGCCGUUUUAGCAAUAGUGGCAGUUGGUUUGUCUAGAUCAGUCAGCCUCUGCUCUCUUCCUCACCGGAACGCGAGAGGGAGUUUGGGAGAGAAGAUUCUAGAGAAAUGAGCGGAGUCUCGACGGCAGCGUACGUGGCCCGACGAGCAGCGCAGAAGGAGAGGGUUCGGAUCCUCUACCGCCGCGCUCUCAAAGACACCCUCAACUGGGCCGUCCAUCGCCACCUCUUCUAUCAAGACGCAUCGGACCUGCGCGAGAAAUUCGAUGCCAACAAGCAUGUGGAAGAUAUUGACACAAUUGACAGAAUGAUAGCUGAAGGUGAGGCGACCCAUAAUAAGUGGCGGCACCCGGAUCCUUAUAUUGUUCCUUGGGCUCCUGGUGGCUCCAAGUUUACUCGAAACCCGACUCCACCUGCUGGGAUUGAGAUUGUGUAUGACUAUGGUCGAGAAGACAAUGACUAGAGCCUGCAUGUCUUUGGUGGCAACAAAUAAAGAAUGAGAUGAUGCAUGAAGAUGAUCAACCAUUUCAUGAUCAAGACAACGCAUUGUUUGUGUUAAAUUAUGUGAAGACUAAAAACCAAAGAAAAGACUCAAUCUAGCUGUAUCUCCUUUUUAACUUUAGAAGAGUCUCAUGUUUCAAUGCCUGCUUUUAUCUUUCGACAGAGGCUCAUUUUUUGUUUUCAAGAUUAUGUUACAGCUUAAAAGUUUCAAGUGCUUUUAAGUUCAAUGAAUAAUGAAUGAUAUCUUUUAAG